UUUGCUAGUCAUGUGUUGUAAUAUUUUCAUAUUUUACCUUACUUAUCCAGCUGCUCUUAUGCUUUAUAAAUAAAACAUUUGGCAUGCCAGCUAGGCUUACAAAAAGGUUUUAUAGGCCUUAAUGUUUGUAAGAUAUCAACGUCUAAAUUGUUUAGCUGGAUAACCAAACGAAGAACAUACACAAUAGGAGCUCUCGCAGUUUCUAUUUGCUAAACAUGAUCAGAGUUUAACAAAACUCAACUCUGAGACUCAACUCUUACAGAAUGUGAUUUUUCAACGGUACUUCCAGCGCUUGUCCUUAUUAGUUCAACAAAUCAAGUUUUGACCCGCGUAAUUCAAAAAAAGCGAAAGUGAAAGUGUUUCUUUAGACUUGUCUUCUGUGCGCUCAUUUCGUGAUAAUUUAUGAUCUUAUGUUAGUUUUAUCUAAUUUUAAUACAUCAUGUUAUUAUUUUAUGUUAUGAUGUUGUACAUAAUUCUUACCUGCAUUUUUAUGUCAAUACUUGUGAUGGUCGCUGAUGGGUUCAUUGUGCAUGGUCCCUCUGGACCUCGGUUUGCUCCUCUGGGAUCUUCAGUGGUUUUGCCCUGUUAUGUUGAUGAACUCUUAGUAAUGGAGGAUCUGGAGGUGGAAUGGAAAAGAACAGACUCGGAGACUCUGGUUCAUCUGUAUCAAGAUGGUGAGAGUCGACCAGAGUCUCAAGAACAGGAUUAUCAUGAUAGAGCUCAUUUCUUUACUGAUCAGAUUCAACAUGGAAACUUCUCUCUCCGUCUGGACAAUCUGAGAGCUGAAGAUGAGGGACGAUACACAUGUAGAGUUUACAGUCAGCAGGAUUUUGGUGAGACUGUGGUUCAGAUAAAACAUGAGUGUUUGAUAGUAUCAGGAUCAGAUCGGACUGUAUCUGCACAUGAUGGUGAGGAUGUCACUCUGAGCUGCUCUGUAGACUCUCACAUCAAACCUGAACACAUUGAAGAGAUUUUAUGGAGGAAAACAGAUGGAGAUAUUCUGGUUCUGCUCUUCCAAAACAAUAAGACUUUAUCAGAUUCUUCACAUGAGCGAUACAAAGACAGAGUUGAGUUCUUCACUGCUGAAAUCCCCAAAGGAAACUUCUCUCUCAGACUGAAGAGUGUCAGAACUGAGGAUAAAGGAGUUUACAUGUGUCAAGUGUUUGCUGGAGGACUUUCAGCCAAUGUUACUGUAGAACUGGAAAGACUGGGUUUCUCUGCUUGGCACAUAGCUGUGUUAAUUUUAUGUUUUACUGCUACAUUUGGAGCUGUGCUUCUGUUCAGCUGUCUGAACUACUAUAGAUCAAAAAACACUGUCACCAGCAGCAUAAUCUGGAAUCUUCAGGUGUCUCUGGUCUUUUGUCCAAACAUCUGUCUGUUCUUUGCCUUCAUUCUUUGGGGAUUUAAUGAAGGAUCUCUGCAUGAGACUGUCACCUGCUGUGCUCUGUAUUUUCUGAGACCUGUAAUGUUGAUUUGGGCUUUGCGUUAUUUAAAGUAUCUACAAGGCAACCUAAAAUCAUGGAUCAGGUUUUUCAGAAUAACAAGAGAAUUUGCUGUUUUUACAGUCUUUGUAUAUUCAGUUCUUUUUACAUAUGUCUGGAGAAAGAGAGCACAUGAUACAGACAUCAAACCUCGCAUAUUUUCUGCAGUAUUAUUUGGAAUUGUUGUGCUGAGUUGUCUCCUCUUGAGUAUAGUUGAUGUCUCAAGGUGUCCCAGUCAAGAGAGACCAAGCGGGGCUUCCCCAUGCAACCAAACUCUAGGUUGCAGACACAAGCUCUUUAUAUUUUAUCUGAUUAUUUCUAUUCUGUCUGAUUGUCAACUGUUCCAGUUCAUCAUCUUAUUUAUUCCCUCUGAAGAAAUACUUGUCGUGGUAUUUGUUCAACCACUACUGCUUAUCUGUAUACCACUUUUACCUCAUCUGCAAGCAAAAUUAAAAUUUCUCCGCCAUAGAUGGAUAACAUCAUUGUGGAUAAUAACAAUAACACUCCUGCAUAUCAUCCUAUUGAUUUCUGUUCUUCUAGCCACUUUGGCAAGAGAGAGAGAGUACUUGGCAUGGACCUGUGUCAUUUUAUUUAUAGAAGUUCUGAAGAUGAUAGUGGUCUUUAAAGAAAAUGUGCAAGAGGCAGAACGUUCAGUAGUCGAGGGACGAAGACAACAGACUGAGACGAGCCAAAAAGCAUCAAAUGCAUUGCCUCUCUGUAAUGAAAUCAUGUUCAUGUUUGGAGCAGUUGGUCUUGUUUUGUUGAACUCUGUUACACUGACAGCAGAACUGAUCCUGAAAGCACGGAAUGGUGAGCGUGUCAUGAAGGAUAUGAGAGUCAUUGUCUUCCUUUCUGAAUCUGUAUUUGCUUUGUAUUGGCUGGUUUUACAAAUGCAUGCUUUCUGGAGGAUUGUUACAUCUGGAUUUACCGACAAUCAAAUAACUCACCUCAAUGAUGCCAUCUCAGGAACACAGAAUCAUGAAAUGGAGAAUCUGGCUGAUCCUGAUGUUUUACAGACACAGAUAUGAGAAACCAACUUGUCUACAUGUAUCCUGUACUCUGACUGCUCUGUCUGUCUGCAAAAGAGGAGCCCCCACCCCCC